AAUAAUGGUUUUGUUAUGGAUCGUAGAUUGACACUGACCAAUCCCAUGUCAAAAAUUACGACAAUUAUUAUCUGAUAAGCUGAGGGUAGUUAUAGAGAACAAGGACAUGGUUUUCUCUUCACUUCGCGGGUACUUUAGUAUGAGGCAACAAAGCUCCAAGGUUCAGGCUUUGUAUGACCAUUGCAAAACCAUCUUAUCACCCUCUGGCUCUGGAACAGCCCCUCCUUCGUCCCAAGCUCUGAUGAAGCUUUCUUCGAUUCUGGACACUAUUCAACCGGCUGAUGUUGGCCUUAAGGAAGAAACUGCAGAUGAUGAUCGAGGGCUUGGAUUUUUUGGUGCUAAUGCACUUAGUAGAGUAACUCGUUGGGCUCAACCAAUAACAUAUGUGGACAUUCAUGAAUGUGACAGUUUUACGAUGUGUAUAUUUUGUUUCCCUACUUCUUCAGUUAUUCCUCUCCAUGAUCAUCCUGGGAUGACUGUAUUUAGCAAACUUCUCUAUGGCUCUUUGCAUGUGAAAGGUUAUGACUGGGUUGAGCCUCCCUGCAUCAUAGAAAGCAAAGGACCUGGAUAUGGUCAAGUACGACUAGCAAAGUUAGCAGUUGAUAAGGUCUUGAAUGCACUGUGUGAUACAUCAGUUUUAUAUCCCAAACACGGAAAUCUGCACUGUUUUGCAGCAGUGACACCUUGUGCCAUGCUAGACAUUCUCACACCUCCUUACAGAGAAGAGGAAGGAAGGAGUUGUACUUAUUAUCAUGAUUAUCCUUAUUCAGCAUUCUCAGCUGGAAAUGCACCUAUACGUGAUGGGGAAGAGGAGGAAUAUGUGUGGCUCGCAGAGUUAGAAUCACCUAGUGAUCUUUAUAUGCGCCAGGGGGUAUAUGCGGGUCCAGCUAUUCAGUUUUAGCUCUGCUUGCUUGGAUUUAAAAGCAAUUGCAUUUGCAUGUUUCCUGCUGUGAAGGGUGGAUGAUAUUAAUGCCUGAAAAUAUAUACUUAUCCCAUUUUGCUCUUGCUCCUGGAACCUAGUGACAAGAGGAUCUAAAAUGAUCAUGGAGGGCGUGUUCUGGUUAAUUUAUGCUUCCAUUUGCUGGAUGCAUAUUUUGAGCAAAGAUUUUGAUACAUAAAUCUGCAGUUUCUCAUUGCCUUGGAACAACAAAUCUUUGCUAUGGUUACUGGUGGCCAUUGUGUUUCAUACCAUGUUCCCUCAUUAUUAAAUGUUCUAGAUGUUCUUUCCUUGCAGUUGCACAUAAGCAUAAUUAUUUUGUAAUGAUCCUCAUAAAUAUGUUGUUAGGUACAAAAUGGAUUCCCCUGUAGCCGUAUCAAAGUAUGGUAAUAUAUUAUCAUGGAAAAAGAUAUCCUGUGGCAUCAGCGUCUCUUUGGCAGUAGCAGAUGUAAAUUUAGUCGAGCUUGAGUACUGUAGUCUUAGCUUUGCAAAAACUAAACUUGGCUCAUUUAUUUAAACAAGUCUAACUGAAAGGUCGAACUUGACUCAUUUAUUCAAAGUAUGACUCGAGGUUGGCUUGAUUGAAAA